AGAGGAAGGAGCCAAGGCGCUGAGGCUUUGCACCGUCUCCAGGCUGCCAUGAGGACCUGACUUGGGGGAAGAGAUUCCCGACUUGGGAAAGCAGCGUGCACGCCCACGAUGUCCAGGAAGAACCACAGAGAACCGCUGAGGACCUGGAGAUGCCCAGCGGCUGCCCAAGGUCACUGGGCUCCAAGGGAAGGGAAGGGGCAAGUACAGCUCGAGCCACCGAGUCACCUGCCAUCUGGGCUGUCUCUAGGGCUCUUGCCCUUUCCACGCCAACGACAAUGGAAAUGCCCACCCUGGCCUUGGCACACAGCAAGUGCUCCAUGCCACGAUUUCCUCAAGAUGACUGGAAAGAACCCAGAAAUUCUCAGAGCUUCUCUUACUCUACUGGGCAUUGUGAACCCUGGGAGGAGCCCACAGCAGCCACAGAUGUUCCUGGUCCUUGCAAACAUUUGUCAGGGAGCAUCCUGAAGGAUCAGUGUUCUUGGAACACUUUGGAAAAUCUCACAAAGCCCGUGAAGGAUGCCUUGACCUGCCCAUGGACUCCACCUCAGCCUUGGAAGCCUGACCUUUGUUUCCCACAGCCCUGUUCCUCUCAGGGGCUGGAGUCUCUGCUGUCCGCUGAAGUGGCCACCGUGACUCUCCCCACCCAUGCCUGCUGGGAGUCAGGUCUCCAGGACCCUCGCUCUAGGGUGCCCAGGCUUCUCCCAGCAACAUGCCCUCGAAAGGUCAUGAGCUGCGGGAGCCCUGCCUCAGCCUCUGCUUUCAGGAAUGUGGCCCUAGAGAUCCCCAGACCAGACCUUCCCCCAUGCCACGUGUGGGAUUCGGCACACCUGGAUGCACUGCCCUGGGUCCAGGGGCCUGACCCACUCCUGGAGAAGUACCCUGGCUUCUGGGAGGUUUGGUGAAUGGAUGGCUGGAGGAGAGAGGAGGAGGGUGGGGCAUUUCUUCCUUGGCCCCUGCCUUGCUCCGGCUCCCUGGUAUGACCCUGCUGUGCCCGCCUUGUCAGCUGUCCGACUCAUGGCUCCAGCUCUGACCUAGCUCUCCAAACUCAGUCCUGCCCUCCCUGUUCUCCAUGGGCCCACCCAUUGCUGCUAGUCCCUGGCAACUUGACAUCUGAGCUGGUUCUCUUAACCCUAACAGAGUUGGGACCCUUCUGUAAGAGUGCUUUAAUUCAAAGUCUCUUCAAAGACUCCAGAUAGGAUGGAUAUCUAUUUCUUGCGAGGCACGCUAACUGCUUUGCUUUCAUCUGACAGAUCUACUCAGAUUGAUUGCCCAUGGCUGUCCACAUGAUGUGUUUAGGAAGAGUGCUGUGAUCCAUUAGUGAUGUCUGUCAGUGUGCAGCAGGGUAGGCAUGUAUAAGUGCCAUGUUUUGGACUUCUCUGAACUGGAUGGCCCUGUCUCUGAGAUUCCUUUUGGCUCUGACUUCUAGGAUCUAUUAUUUAUGAAAAAAAGAGAUCAAUUUCCCUCCAGAGAAGCCUGAACAAGAUGAUGGAGUUAAUGACUGUGGCCAACCAGCUGACAGCUUAUUGGCAAAUGAGACAUCGACACCGUGGGAAAUUAUCUCCUCCGUGUGGCCAAUUAAUCUUGACUUUGUGGCUCAUGCACUAUCAGUACUGCUGUCAGUAAUGGACCACCAGGGCAGAGGGUGGGAGGGUCUUUCACAGACUUUUGGAACCAAGUGCAAAAAAGUUUGGGGGCCUGUUGAAUGCAAAACCUUCCAGUUACAGGUGGGUCUGGUCAGACCACAGACAGUAGAGUGAUUUGCUCUGCAGCCUUUGUAAAUGCAUAUUUUUAUUAAAGGUGCAUUUUGAUCAGUUAU